AUAUAUAUAUACGUUUGACAAAAUAUCAGGAUUAAUCUCACGCUUGUUAUUUGCUCAUUGAACGGUUUAUAAAAAAUAAAAGUAUUGUUGUUUUUAUAAAUAUUAUGUAGAUAUCUGAAUAAUGUUUCUUUCCAUGAUUAUGGCAAUAUUGUAUGCGAGGUUUAACGGUUAAAAAUAAAGCAGUGCUAGACGCAAGGAAUAAAAAGGAGGUGUACAUAAAGUUAUACAAAUGUAACGUGUCAUUCCUCAUUUUCGCGAUCCCGCAAGUGAUUAAUAAAAAGAAAACUAGAAAAAUUAUAAAACCUUACGGUUUGAUAAUUCUCGAUAUAAAGAGAAAUUAAUCAAUUUCUAGUUCUAAAAAUACACGUUCAGGAUGCAGAGAAAGUGACAAGUUAUUCUUAACCAAGUUAUUCUUUCUACUGCAAUAAAAUAUAAAAUAAAUGAACGAAGAUUGAUACCUUGUAGAACGAUCAUUUGGGUAUCCCUACCAAGGAAAACCCCUUUAGAAUGCCUACAGUAGUGAAUUCUUCCUUGACAUAUGAAAUUCUUAUGUACUUGAAUUCCUUUUAUUUUGGUAUGUUUGCUGUGUGCGAGUUGGGCAUGGGACUCUUCAAGGCUGCUAAUUUACCAUCUCCGGGCACAAGUACUACACUAACAGAGUUUGCGCUCUUAUUCUUCCUUAUAGUGACGGAGGGUGCCAGAAUUUAUCUAGGAAGGAAAGGAAAUUUAACAGAACGUGGCCUACCCAUUCUCAUUGGGAUUUUCUUAACGUUUCCUAGCUCUUUAGCAACUUUAUAUUUCUUAUUUUGGCAAAAUUAUGUGCUUAAAUUAGAAGUGAUCCUUUGUAGCAUACAAUUAGUCAUUUUAGCAUUGGAGCUUAUUAUCUCGAUCAUGUACCUUAUAGCUAUUUAUCGUCCUCCAUCUCCUAAAGAAUGAUCCAUGUAUAUUGGUUUUGAAACAUUAGCAUGUUGCACGUCAAAAGAACUUCAUCAUAUUUUGCACUUACUUCCAUAUUCAGUUUUAAAUGACCUCAUAUUUCUUAAGAAGGAACAAAAUUGUGUUUAACAAAACACUCUAAAUGUCAAUGAUUUACUAUAGAUUAAAUUAGAUCCUUUGCUCCAUAUAGUUAUACGCGAAGAUUUCUAUAAACAAUCUUUUACAUUGUUUAAUUCUUAUCAUUAAAAGCCUCUUUUAUAGAUAAAACAAUUAACAAUGUAGAUAGUAUAUAAAUUAUUUUUAUAUAUGAUUCCAAAAAAAGGAUACUAAAGGUAGUAUUAAUAAAAACUGCAUUUCUCACUUAACUACAGAAAAUAUUUCAAAAACACAGUAUUGUCUUAUUCUAAAUACUACCUUUCUGAAUAUAUUAAUAUAUUUAUAGUGGUAUCAUCGAUAUUUUACUUAUAUAUUUUUAUGUAAAAUGCUAAUAUAAUGUAAAAUAAUAUCGUCUAUUCAAAGUAACUAUUAACAUAAAUUUUAUGAUUAUCCACAAUAUUUAGAAACAACAUCAAAAAUUAGUAUAAAAAGUCAUUAUGUAUUUAUAUAUAAUAUAGUUUGAUUAUGAUAAUAUUAAUAUAUUAUAGUUCCUUUUCUUCAAAACAUUAUUAAAUCUAUCAUAGUAUUUUUUACUGAAUUAAAAUUAUCUUCUAUACAAAAAGAAAGUUAAUUAAAUAUUGCUUUUAUGUUAAUAUCUCUUUUAAUCGUGAACCUACACACAUAUUGUUAACAAUUUUUUUUCACAAUAUAAGACCUAUUGUAGUAAAACUAACAAAAAUCUAUUUUAAUUCUUGAAUAAUAAUAACAAUGAAAAAAAAUCACAACUGCUGCCACGUGUACUUAUCUUUAAUAUUAAAAUUUAAUUAAAAUUUUCAUAAAUAUGAAAAGUAUAGUUACAAUAUCUUAAUGCAAAUUAUUUUUAAUGUUAUUUCCGAUUAAACAUUUACAUAAGUUUCUAUGUAUAUAUACUUAUAUUAAAAUAAAUAUUUUUUAAAUAAAUAACACGGCAAUGUGCCUUCCUUGUUAUUAUAAUAGCCAACAUUUUGUACAUUAAAUAUAUAAGAUAAUAACCUCUGUGUUAAAACUACAGGUUAAUUAAUUGAAAUAAAAAAUAUUAUAUACAUUAAUUUGUAAUAAGCGUUUUUAAAUGUCCAUAUAAAAAUGUAUACAAGUUAUUAACAGGAAAUAAGGAUUAUAAAAAUUUUAUAACGGUACAGAUGUCUAAUAUUGCAAGAUGUGCAAGUAUAUAAAAUAAUGUAUUGUUAAAAAUCAGGCACACACAAUAAAAAAAAAUUAAAUCAUAUUAUGAGAUUCUACGUAAUAGUAACUAAAAUAAUCUAAUUUUUUACAGAAUUCGCUGCAGUUCUGCGUCUUUUAAUCGCUCGAGUUACAUUAUUACAAUGAAUUCGAAGGAAUACUGAACCAAAUACAAGAAGUAUACCAAGUAUACCAAUCAUUUUAAUUUCGUGAUGAUAUAUUAAACAUGACAAUAAUAUAGCCAAUCCCUAAAAAUAUAUAAAUACUUUUAGUAUAAAUUACAUAAACAAUAAUUAAAAUGUUAAAUUAAUAAACAUUAAUAUUUUUACCUGUCGUAUAGUCAUCAUUAUUACAAAAGUGAUAGGUCCAAAUUUCGAAAUUGUAUAAAAAAUAUAUAAUUGUCCACUUGCAGAACAAAUGGAAAUAAGUAAACAAUCCAUUAUAAACCUAGGAUACUAAUCAAUUCAUUCACAUUAGUAAAUAGAAUUUAAUAAAAUUACUUUGUAGAGUUUGUUACUUACCUUUUUCAUAAAAAAAUAUAUGAAAGGAAAACUUGAUUGUUGUAUAAGAGAUGUGACGGUCAAUAAACAUGAAAACAUAUUUACCGCGCACAUCAUUUGUAUACUAGUUGUACCAUAUUCUACAAAAAGUGCAUUUUGCCAGGUACUUGUAAAACUGUCUAAUACUAAGUAACUUCCUAAAAGGAUAAUACCAGAAAUAGUGGUAGCUCCAUCUAAAAAUAAAAAAAAAGUUCUAUUAGAAAUUCCAUAAAUAUUAAUAGCAUACUAUAUCUCUAUCGAACGAUAUUAAUAGAUCUAUAUUUAAUUACCAUUUUUAUAGUCAGAACUAUUUAACAUGAACAUAGUCAUUCCAACAGAAAUAAGUAUUGCUGUAACAUAUUCAUAAUACUCGUAUGUUGUGUGUGAAAUAAUUUUUCCCAUUAUCAUAACAGGAAUUAUUUUAGAGGCCUUUGCUAAAACCUAAAAUAUAUAUUCUUGACUUAUAAAUUCCAUUACAGAUAAUACGAAUUUUUAUGGAAUAAUGAAAAGUCAAAUAUAUUUUUUAAAAAAAAAUCUAUAUUUUAUAUAUUAUAAACUGAAAAAAAUCUAUAUUUACCUGUGUAGGAAAGCUAACAUAUUUAAGAGCUUCAUAUUGACACCAACUGCUCAUAAUGUUUGAUAAUGAACAAAAAACAUAUUUAUAAAGUGGUGCUUUAUGUUGUGGUUGUUUUUGGAUAAGUAGAUAUAAUGCAGACAUUAAAAAUGCAAGUAUUCUAUUUAUAAAUACUAAAAAUUGUGAAUCUUCAAAAUGAUCCUGAUUACCAAAGCCAUCCUCAUAAACCUAUAUAAUAUAAUGUUUUGCUUUAUAAUAUAUAUAUAUAUAUAUAUGAAUAUUGCAUAAUAGGAAAAAUUUAAAUACCUGUGUCAUUAUCUUCUCUUGUAGGUAACCCCAUGUCAAAUAACUAAUUUGUAAUCCAAGGAAACAAUAUGUAAGUAGCAAGAAAUCCUGAGUAAACGUACGUUGACUGGUAGAUGUUGGUGUAUAAGAAGAUGUGUCUAAAAGACCUGUUUCACUGUGUCCCAAAAAACAUGAGUGAACUAAUCUUGGAAUACAGCUUUUAUCUAUAUAUAAAUAAAUAGAAUAUAAUAUACUAAUGUAAUCAUGCGAUAUACAAAUUAAUAAAAUUAUUUGCUUUACU